GUCAGUGACAACUGUCAACUCCUCUCCCCUUCCUCCGCCUCCUCCUCUCUCUGAGACAGGAAUGUUGAUCUCUCAUCUCUGUAAUCCAUCACCUGUCUAAAUCUGUCCUUGUGUCACUUGCAUAUAUGGACAAGUUAGAAUGGCAACUUGUGACGUUGUGCUGCUAAAAACGGCUCCAGCUCCCUUCAGCUCUUUGUUUUAACAAUGUCCUCCAGUGAAAGAAAUUCAAAGGACAUUUGAUCACACAAGCUGUGGAAUUAUUUCAAGGAAACUAACCCGGAAACUGAUCGACGGUACCCUUUUAUUCUGGACAUAUGCACCUUGGAACAGCUAGGAGAUGAGCACUUCUCUGAAUUACAAGUCCUUUUCCAAAGAGCAGCAAACCAUGGAUAACCUGGAGAAACAACUUAUUUGUCCCAUCUGUUUAGAGAUGUUUACUAAACCUGUGGUCAUCCUUCCCUGUCAGCAUAACCUGUGUAGAAAAUGUGCCAGCGAUAUUUUCCAGGCCUCUAACCCAUAUCUGCCAACCAGAGGAGGCACCACUAUGGCAUCAGGUGGUCGAUUUCGCUGUCCCUCCUGCAGACAUGAAGUAGUUCUGGACAGACAUGGUGUGUAUGGACUUCAAAGGAACCUAUUAGUGGAAAAUAUCAUUGACAUAUACAAGCAGGAGUCCACCAGACCUGAAAGAAAAUCUGAGCAGCCAAUGUGUGAAGAGCAUGAGGAUGAGAAAAUUAAUAUCUAUUGUUUAAACUGUGAAACACCCACAUGUUCAAUGUGCAAAGUUUUUGGUGCCCAUAAAGACUGCCAGGUUGCUCCUCUCAAAAACGUUUAUCAGCGACAAAAGUCUGAACUCAGUGAUGGCAUUGCAGUGCUUGUGGGCAGUAAUGACAGAGUGCAAGGAAUAGUAGGUCAACUGGAGGAGACCUGCAGGACAGUAGAGGAAUGCUGCAGAAGACAAAAAGAGCAACUGUGUGAAAAAUUUGAUUAUCUGUAUGCAAUACUGGAAGAAAGGAAAAAUGAGAUGACACAAAUAAUCACUAGAAACCAAGAGGAGAAACUGGAACAUGUCCGCUCCCUGAUGAAAAAGUAUGCAGAUCACUUGGAGACAGUGUCUAAGCUAGUUGAAUCAGGAAUCCAGUUCAUGGAAGAGCCAGAAAUGGCAGUGUUUUUGCAGAAUGUCAAAGCAUUGCUACAAAAAAUUACUGAAGCAUCUAACGCAUUUCAGAUGGAAAAAAUAGAGCCUGGCUAUGAAAAUAUGAGCCAUUUCACAGUCAACCUCAAUAGAGAAGAAAAGAUAAUAAGAGAAAUUGACUUUUACAGAGAGGAGGAGGGUGAUGAGGAAGAUGAGGUGAUGGAAGGUGAAGAGUUUGAUGAAGUCCGCACAGAGUCAUCUGGUGAGGAGGAAGAGGUAGCUGAGAAAGUAUCUCAGCUAGACUCAGAACCCAAGAGCACAACAGGAGGCCCUCAGACUGAAUCAGCCCCAUCAUUACCACCAGCUGCCUCAGUUAGUCAGGGUGAGGUUGUGCCAAGUGGUGCUCGACAGACUGCGGAGUCUGAAACACAAAUGCCAUCAACAGCAGAAAUCAUCGAUCCCUUGUUUUACCCUAGUUGGUAUAAGGCCAAAUCACGGCAAGCAAGCGGCCCAAGUUUGACCCAACUGAGUGAUGGGUUGGGCCAAGUAGGGCCAUCCGUUUCUCUGGAAAUGAAUGUAAAGAAGGCAGAAACUACAGAAGCAGCAACAAGCAAUGAGUGUGAACCUGGGAGUGGUAAGGAAAUUAGCACAACUGCAGCUACUUCCCAGAACUGUUACAAAGAAUUAGGGCCGCAUCCUGCACGCCACACUCAGGAGUUAGCAUUCUGCAUAUCAGUUUUGGCUUUUCUUAUCAUACUGCAUCAUCUCUGGAGUCAGAUUCAAUACAUGAUUUUUACUUUAAUGGACUGGGUCUGAACCAUCCCCUCAAGGACAAGUGGAAGACGUUCCAGUGAGCAGUGAAAGAGCUGAUGAGCCGGCUCGUCAUGUCUUCUCUUUCUCCUGGUUAAACUCAUUGAAUGAAUGAUGACGAUCAUUCCGGCUGGCUUUGGAUGUGCUUACCUGAGAGGAGCUAUGAGGCAGCAAGUGACCUGGCUGGAACCAACAAGAAAUAGUUCAUAUAAGAGACAUCUUGAUCAGGUUUAAUUCCAAGGGCCUUAUUUGAAUUCCAUUAUACUGUAUCUGAUACUUUUAGAUUAGAGUGAUGUUUGGAAAUAGCUGAAUAAAGGGAGUGGGAAAACUGGACUAAUAGAUGUCUUGAUGAAAUACUAUAUUAAGUUUGACUGUGUGUUCAAGUAAAACCUGUUUCAGAAAGGAGAAUGUUGAACAGAAGCUUCAUGCUAUAAUUACAGUUGCAAAAUUAGUGAGCACUAUGAUUGUCUGUAGCCAGCCUGGGUGUCCUGUUGUAUUUUUGUAAGUGCUUACCCAACACUGUUAGUUGAAAUAUGACUAAUGGCAUCAUUUGUCAAUGAAAAUAUGAAAACCCCCUCACUACUCUUAAUUACUCCAGUUGGAGUAACUCCAUCUUUUCAACUUAUUGAUAAUGCUUGUGGCAAAUCCUUGACGAAAGCUACAAAAUUCAAAGGUAAGUCUAAAACUCCACUCAACACAACCACUGUGCUGCAUUACUCCAGCACAAGUGGUGCUACUGCAUGCUGAUGUGUAAAACCUGAGCAUAAAUGGGGAUGGCAAGAGGAGCAUUUCACCCUUAGAUUUGUAUUUUCCAGCUGAGGUUCAUAGGUCACAAUGAAUAACACUCAAACCAUUCAGAAAUGUUAUUUGGUGUUACAUUUUAUAUAGCUGUAGACAAUAAAGAUAUAGCUAUAGGAAGCACUGGAUUGGAACCCUUCCCAAAUUAUGUGGGGUAUGGAUCGGUAUGUGGUUUAUUAUCUGUACUUCCUCAAAAGUCAAGGAGAGGGUUCUGGAUGAGUAUGUCAGCUUGUGCCUGUCUAUAUCCAUAUCUGUUAUACCUAUAGCGUCUCAACUUCCUUUAAUACAUGAAAUCAACACUCACUUUUAUCAUACUGAGCAAAGUGAUAGUAAAAGGGCAAGACCUUUGAAACCACAAAAGACCAUUCUGAGCUGAACUGUGAUGAGUUUAUUGCAAGUAUCUGCUAAAUAUUGUAUGUAAAAGAUUAUAAACCCAUGGAAAAGGCUACCACAGUGCAGAGAGAAGUGUACUACAGAUAUUUAACUAAUGAAACUGAUUACAUAAACUGACAUGCCUUUUAAAAUGGUGAGCAGAUUGACAUUGCAUUUGAUUCUGAAGGUGAAAUCCUGGGAGUUUUCCCACUGACUUCCAUGGGGUCAGGAUUUCACCCUAACACUCUAAGGACAGUUAGAAAAAUGAUUACAGAAUUGAAUACUGUAUUUCCUAAUGGGUGCUGACUGUCAUCAUCUCUGAAAGAGUUCAAUAGUCUUUGAGAGUGAUCAAUAUCUUACAGGGUUAGGGUCUAAGAGAGGGAUCCAAAGGCCAAGGGGAAUCUUUCCACUGACUUCAAUGGGUUUUGGAUCAGGCCCUGAAUACAUAGCUCUUCUUAUAGUACCAUGACUGACCAUGAAGACAUGCUUUUUUUUUUCAUGGUACCGUAGUCAAUAGCAUGAAAUGGUUGAUUAAUACAUGCUAGAAGGCAAUAUAGUCUAAGGUGGGAGCCAAGUAAUUCAUGAAUACAAAAGCCCAAUUCUGACAACAGUUUGCAAUGUAGCCUUUGGAAAGCCACUUACUAUCUAUGUUGUUUCUGUUUUUCUUCCUGUAAAAUGGGACUAUGAAGGAUGGAUUUGAGGAUCAAUUAGUUAAUGUUUGUAAAGAGCUUUGAAAUAACAAAGCAUUUGUUAAGAGUUAUAUCUUCACUGAACAGCAGUAAAAUUCAUCACCGCAUCCAGUUGUGUUUUUUCCACAAGAUUUUGUUCUUGUUUUUUGACAAGAAAUUCCUAAUGAAUAUUUGCAACCAGGACUCAGAUUUGUCUUCAUUGGUUUCACAAAAUCCUUCUUUGAUCUCUUUUUUUCCUGAUGAUUCAUAAGAUAAUAGGAGAAAGCUGAUUUCAUAAAUAUGGCAGCUGUAUGAAUUCAGUAAGGAACUGUCCGUUUCACGUACUCAUGCGAAUAUGAGAAUUUAAAGUGUUUAACAAAAUCAAUAGCACUUGAGUGAUUGCCUUAAACCAAACAUUUUAAAAAUCAGUUUCAUGACACCAUAAAGUGCAUUUCUCUGCUAGAGCGCAGUCUGCACACAGAUGCAUCCCCGAACUCAACGCUCACUUAAUUAAUGUUAAUUACAGGCCCACCAGAUCCUGCCGUCUCUCCAUUCACAAAACUCCAGCUGUAUUCAAUGGGAAGUUCUUACCUACAAGGAUGGCAGUGUAGGGUCCAAGGAGGAGAAUAUACUCCAGAGACUGAACCCUCCUUUUAGAGCAAUUUAAUUCUUUGGGGUUAAAUUCCCAUUCGGCCAGUCACACUAUAGACCCUUCAGGGCACGUUACAGAGUGUGAGGUGUAAUCCCUAAUUAGAGACUCAUAAAAGUGCGUGCUCCACCCAAGAGAUUGGAACAUCUGCUUUGAAGUUAACACAAGACCUGUUGUGCUAAUACUGGGAGCCCAGUUCUCCGUUCCCCACGCCCCCAAACUCCCACUCCUGUGAGUGAGUUAGUGUGUUAGUGCAGGAUUGGGUGUGUUUAGACAGUUCAAAAAGGCGUCCAGUCUUCCCUAGUGGCUGUUGUGGCAUUAUACCCUGCGUCAGAAGUGUUUACUCAUGCAGGGGAUGGUUGAGUUGCUGGACACACAGCAGCUCGCUCAAAUCUGGCCUCUCGAUAGACUGUAUGGCGAGGUUAGCGUGAAGGAGGCGAGUACAUUUAUGUUAAAGCGUUUUGUAGAAACGUUCCUUCUCGUGAA